AAAAAUACUUAUCCAUAGCCAACUUUUUCCCUUAAAUUCCAUAAAAGGCACUGAGAAGGAGGAAGUUGAUUCAGUCUCACUCUUUCUCAGUGGAGCUCCAUCAAUGGCUUCACCAAUCCUCUUCAACUUUGCUUUCUUUCUUCUUCUGUCUCACGCUUCAGCUUCAACGGUAGUAUUCUUCAACAAAUGCAGAUACCCAGUGUGGCCAGGGAUCCAGCCCAGCGCCGGCCAAAACAUACUCGCCGACGGUGGAUUUAAGCUACCGUCUAACAAAGCCUACACCCUUCAGCUCCCACCGCUUUGGUCCGGCCGCUUCUGGGGUCGUCACGGCUGCACAUUCGACAGAUCUGGCCGUGGUCGCUGCGCCACCGGUGAUUGCGGCGGUUCUCUCACCUGCAACGGAUCCGGCGGUUCACCUCCGGCCACUCUCGCGGAAAUCACUCUAGGCCAACAGCUUGACUUCUAUGACGUCAGCCUCGUCGACGGUUAUAACCUCGCGAUGUCGAUAAUGCCGGUGAAAGGUAGAGGUCAGUGUAGCUACGCCGGUUGUGUAAGCGAUCUAAACCGGAUGUGCCCGGUUGGGUUACAAGUCCGGUCACGCAACGGGAAACGGGUGUUAGCCUGUAAAAGCGCUUGCUCUGCCUUCAAUUCACCGCAGUACUGUUGUACCGGCACGUUCGGUAACCCACUCACCUGCAAGCCAACGUCUUAUUCCAGAAUCUUCAAGGUCGCUUGCCCUAAAGCUUACUCUUAUGCUUACGACGACCCAACCAGCAUCGCAACUUGUUCCAAGGCUAACUACAUUGUCACCUUUUGCCCUCACCAUCGCCGUUAAGAUCACAAUUGUUAAGAGUUAAGCAUUUCUCUAUUAGCAUGUGUUAUGUAGUUCUGAAUCUUUGGAGUUUAUUAUGUCUCUACAAUUGUAACACUCAUGAAAUGCAAAAUCCUAUAAC